AUGCCGCCGAAACGUGUUGCAGUUCCAGCAAAGGACCCGCAGCCAGAUGAAGAAGAGACAGUCGACGAAGAAAUGGCUGAAGGAGAGGUAGAUGAAGACGUAGAUGAACCUGCAAAGCCCGCAAAGAAGGUGGCACUUCCUGCCCGAGGUGCUGUGCUCGCGAAGGCGAAAGCAAAAGGUAAAGCCAAAGCAAAGGCAAAGGCAAAAGCCGCUGCGGCCAAGCCAAAGGCCAAAGCGAAAGCUGGUCCAGCCCGUGGUGUUAUCAAGGCAGCAAUGAAGGCUGAUCCCAAAGCCAAGCCCAAGGCCAUUGCAGCCAAAGAAUUUGCAGAUGUUGCUGCCAAGCUGAAGAAAACCAAAAGCAAGGAAACUGUGGCAGGAGAGGGACAGUGGUACUUCAUGAGUGACUUGCGCAAGAUGAAGGCUGGCGUGGAUGAUGCCAACGCCUGGACCAAGUACGAUGCAAAGAUGAACAAGCAGCUGGAAACUGCUUACAGCAAGGGCUUCAAGCAGUACACCAUGUCGUUUAAGGGCAAGCAGUACAUUGUAAAGUUUAGCUCUAUGAUGCAAUUCCGGGCGGAUGACAAGUCCCUGCAGCGUCCCGUGAAGCGGGAAUGA